AUGAGGUCGGAGGAGCUGCAACAGCUGCUGGCCCGCAGCUGGAAAGGCACAGAUCGCCCAAGGUCUUCAUUGGGUUCGGUGCGCAUGGAAGAUUUCAGUGGUGAUCGUGGAAAGUACCGCAACUGGCGCAGAGCGGUGCUUGCUCAACAGCAGCUCUACCGCCUGGAGAGCGCAGAGCUGGCGAUGAUGAUUUACUUGAGCUGCAAGGGCGAUGCCAGGGAGGUGCUGGACCAGAUCACCAUUGAGGAGAUGGUGGCAGCCGGAGGCCUUGCGAAGUUGUGGCAGCUGCUCAACGAGGCCUACGGCGAGAGCUCGGACGAGUACUUCGAGCGGAUCGAAGCGGAGUUCAACCAGUACCGGAGACAGCCUGGCCAGAGCAUCGCGUCCUACCUUGGCCAGAUCAAGAAGCUCAAGGCUCAGUACCUGAGGGAAGACGAAGGGACAAUCCUUUCUGAUCGAGCAUGGGCGCAGCGCUUGUUGGUGCGCGCCUCGCUGAGCAGGAGAGAACGGCUGGAUGUCUUCUACUCGGCUGGGGGCGCCUAUAACUCCAAGAUGAUCGAGAGCGCCUUGAGGCACCGGGCAAGCCGAGUGCACGAGGACGAGCGCCGGACUCCGGCCUUGGGAUCAGACUUCAGGAAGUUCCCCUUUGCGAGGCCGUCGUCCUCGAGAUCGACCUCAGCCUCCACCCGAGCAUCUACGGCGCCCUCAGUGGCAAGUUCGUUUCGCUCAAAGGGAGCGGGCAAGGGGCAUCAUCGAGUUCAUCUGGCGGAUGAUGGCCCUGAAGAUGAGGACAUGGAGGACCUGGAGGGCGAUGAAGAGGCCUAUGAGACCUAUUUGCAAGGCCUGGAAGAAGAGCCUGAAGACCUGGAGGACAUCCCGGAAGAGACGGAGGACCCGGAGUUGGACGGUCAGUACAACUCCGAAGAUGAGGUCACUGCGGAUCAGCUCAGGGAGCGGGAUGGAAGGCAAAGAAUGGCUCUGAUCAGCGGCCAAGGGCAGCUCCUGGCCGCAAGACGAAAGGUCACUGGAGCCAAGGUCAAGAGCGGCCAGGACAAACCCUUCCAGCCGAAGAACAGGGCAGAGCAGGGUGUCCACUUGGUGCAGUCGAUUAAGGACAUCCCGGUCCUCUCCGAUGGCAAGAACCUGGUCGCAAAGGAAGUGAACUUCACCUUCAUGGCCGCAAGAACCCCAAAGCCAAAGGAGCCACCGGCGAAGAAGAGGGCCGCCACGCACUGCUUUCACUGCGGGGAACAGGUUCAAGAGAUCCACAAGUUCUGUCCUUUCUGUGGAACCUCUCAGGCCGCGGUGGACAUGCGAGACGUCGGUGAAGACCCGAAGCGUGGUUGGAGCCUGGUUGACUAUGAGAGUGACAGUGAUCAGGAUCCCUCCACCAGCUUUGCCAUGAGCGGUAUCUUGUACCCCUCGCCGCGCGGUGAGGAGGAGGAUGACAGGGCGGGAGACAUCCUUGCCCGCCAUCAAAACUGGAGUGAGAGUUUGACAGGUGCCGCGGGCUCUCAAGAUCCGGUUCCACCAUCAGGGGAGCUCCCGGCCGCCGUCAAGAAGAAGAGACUUGAGGCCUUUCGGGAGCAGCUCUACAACGAACAGGCCCAAGGAGGUCGGUUUCAGCCCUCCGAGAUGAGCCCGACUCCAAGCCAAGCCCAGAAGAAGUGUGGCCAUCCCUUCCACAAGCUACGGUGGACUGCCAAUGGAUCAGGUCACUACGCCCGGUGUGGAGUUUGUGACCUCAAGAGCGUGGUGUACUGGUCAUCCCGGCCUACGGUCCUGGUGGCGGGGAAUGCGGAAGCGAAGCACCAGGUGCUUACCAUGGACUACCUCCCGAAGACCGUGCUUGCCAUUGCUGACAGCGGUUGCCGGACUUCUGUCGGUGGGAUACACUGGCAUUCCAGAUUCCAGCAGGAGUUGAUCAAGCUGGGUUUGGAGUGGGAGGUCAUCGCGGAGGAGGAGUAUUUCAAGUUCGGAGCAGGAGCGCCGGAGAAGUCGGGGAUGCUGUUGACGGAUACACGGCAUCCGGGUCUGGACCUGCUGCAGUUCCCGAACAUCCUGAUGGGCACAAAGGACAGGGAACUGGCAGAGCUAAGGCAACAGCUGGUGAACGCUCUUCAGACCUAUGCCUUCGUGACAGCAGCCGGAGAAGAAGAAGAUCUGGGCACGGGAGAUGAGAGCUCCGGCAACACCAGCGAGACAGAAUCGGAGGAGCACGAGCUCAGGAAGCUCCUCUCGGACAUGGAAAGCCUGGAGGUGCCAACGCGGGACUACAUCCAGGUCUCGGAGAGCGAGGAUGAUUCCUACAAGGGUGCCUUCGAUGGGGGCGAGUCGACAACCUCGCAUGAGCUCGGUGUGGAAUGGCCGGACUCGGACUCUUCGACAGAGGUGGAGGAGCGCAGUUACGAUGAAGGCGAGGCUUACAAGGGUCCGGUCAAAGCCUUCGCCAAAGGCCAAAAGAGAAAAGUCAAGAGCGGAAUCCGCCAGCUCAAACAGAUUCACACCCUGGACAAGGUGAGGGGCAACCUCAAGCGAUCGGAGCCCGUCACCUACAAGCCGAGGGUGCCUAAGAGGCCCUACAAGGUCCUGGAGAUCUUCACCUGGACCCUUACGGUCACGAUGCUGGCGGCCCAGUCGGGUUGGAUUGGGUUGGAGCCAAUCGCACUGCCACACUGGGAUCUGCGAUUGCCACAGGAACGCAAGGCCGCACUCAACUAUGUUCGGGCGGCCGACCCAGACCUCACCGUCAUUGCCUGGCCAUGCACUGUUUGGUCGCAGCUGCAGGGCCUCAACGUCAAGACGGUGGAGCACGCCGAGGCGCUGGCAGAUCGGCAGAUGAUGGAUCGGGACGAUUUUCUCAGCUUUGUCCAUGACGUGGCCAAGGACCGGCGAGCGUGUGGCAAGGCUGUGGUUGGUGAGAACCCGCUCACCUCAAGGGAUCAGGGAGGCUUUGCUGUGAACGGCUGCACGCUCUGA